UUGCUCCGUGGCUGAGAGAGAGAGAGAGACAUCGAGAGAAAAUCCCUGUCUAGGCAUGGACCUCCGGCUGCAGUACUCGGCAGCUCGCGAGGAAUGACAACACUUCACAUGGUCAUUAACUCCAGUCGCUGAGGCUGAAGGGAGAGCUGUAUUGUAGCUCAGUGUCACAGAAGCACCGGGUGCCUCCUAUGUUCGGGACAGCAGACAGACAGAGGCACACAGCAGAGCUACGGGACCCAGUGAAAUGAGAUCCCUGACAGAAAGUGCCUUGUGACACAGUAUCCCUACUUGAAGAUCCCAGGCUGUUCCUGAAGAGCUUCAGAUUUCUCCCUCUGCAGUCGUGACAGGAUAUAGCUCAGCAGCAAACACCCCUGACCCCUUGGGUUGUCCUUACCUGUGCUCAGUGUGAAGAAACCCCAAGCGAAGAAGUGGAGCUCCUGCACUGCUGGCCAAGGUGCCAAAGCUCAAACAGAGUAGAUACUGAAGAGUUUUAAACAAUAGAAAGCCUAAACUUGUCCUAAACUGUGCCAUUGCACCUCCAAAUAGCACCACUUUUGCUCUCCAACAUCCACCCUUGCACAGAUAUCAUCAUUCACACGAAGGACAUUUUGGGGACAUUGGUACAAUCCGUAGAGCCUGUCUCCGAGCAUGCCCCCUCUGCCUUGUCAGAGGUCUGCACCUGAGACUUACUGAUUGAUGAACAAUUAACUGUUUGACUGACAAACUCUACAACAGCAGCGCAGUCCCAUGCUCCGGUCACAGAGACUUUGCCAGUCCAUUACCUCCACUUUCCUGUCCACAAGGACAAACGUCAUCCACUGACCUGAAGCAGAUCAUUUAUAGCUACAUGUUCCAUUAGUUUUAGUUGUUCUGUGUUUUAUUUUUUUUUUUUAUUGGAACACUGAAACACCUCCUCAGAGGAUAACCUCCUCCUUAAACCAAGUGGCUCCACUCCACCCCAGCUACAUAGCCAGCGCUGCUGACAUGGCUCUAAACAUUGCCUCGAUACGGGACACAAAAUGGCUGACCCUGGAAGUGUGCCGGCAGUUUCAGAGAGGGACUUGUUCACGCAGUGAUGAGGAAUGCAAAUUUGCCCACCCACCCAAAAGCUGCCAGGUGGAGAAUGGGAGAGUUAUCGCCUGCUUUGACUCGUUAAAGGGCCGUUGCACGCGAGAGAACUGCAAAUACCUCCACCCACCCGCUCACCUGAAGACCCAGCUGGAGAUCAAUGGGCGAAAUAACUUGAUCCAGCAGAAGACAGCAGCUGCCAUGUUGGCUCAGCAGAUGCAGUUCAUGAUCCCCGGCACCACCAUGCAACCUGUGCAGACGUUUCCAGUCAGCCAGGGCCUGGGCUCCAGCGCAGGUUUGAGCUACACACCCUACCUGACUCCCAUGUCCCACAGCAUGGGCCUGGUGCCCACAGACAUCCUGCCCAGCACCCCCGUUAUCGUCCCCGGCAGCCCACCUGUCUCCGUGGCCGCUGGCUCUUCCUCCAGCCAGAAACUGCUGCGUACCGACAAGCUGGAGGUUUGCCGCGAGUUCCAGCGGGGCAACUGCGCUCGCGGUGAGACCGACUGCCGCUUCGCUCACCCGAGCGACAGCCCCAUGAUCGACACCAGCGACAACACGGUCACCGUCUGCAUGGACUACAUCAAGAGCCGCUGCUCCCGCGAGAAGUGCAAGUACUUCCACCCCCCAGCCCACCUGCAGGCCAAGAUUAAGGCCGCCCAACACCAGGCCAACCAGACAGCUGUGGCCGCGCAAGCCGCUGCCACAGCUGCAGCCAUGACUCAGUCGACUGCCAAAGCAAUGAAGCGACCCCUCGAGGCAACUGUAGAUCUGGCAUUCCCCCACGGCGUCCUCCAGCCCCUACCAAAGAGACCAGCACUCGAGAAGAGCAACGGAGCUAGCUCCCUGUUCAACCCCAGUGUUUUGCACUACCAGCAGGCGCUGGCUAACGCACAGCUCCAGCAGCCCGCUUUUUUUCCCACAGGGUCAGUCUUGUGCAUGACUCCUGCUAGCAGUCUUGAUCAUCCUGAAGUAAGUGUCAGGCAGGGAACGGAGUGUCACGAAGCUGCACUAGGAAACCCAAAACAACCCCUGUGUAAAUACUACCUUACCUCUCCCAUAGAGGUCCAGCAACCUGCAUGCUAAGAGUGUAACACUUCAAUUUAACCGUAAGAACUGCAGUGCCGGUGUAACACACACAGAAAAAAAAGAUAUAUACUGUAUGUAUUGCUAGAAAAAAAACUAUUAACAUGAAAAAGUCAAAAAUAUUCUUAUGUAUCGUACUACAUACAUAGCAAACACACUAUAGAGGUCAUUUUAACAACUGUUCACCCAAAGUACCAUGGAUCCCCUCUCUUUCAUAUUUAUUCCAAAAACCUCUGCACAAUGGUCAUCCCUUUGGUUAGUAAAAAACAAUGCUUGAUUUGCACUGUAUGAGAAAUAUAGUGCUUAAUGUGGAAGUGGGAAAACAGGAAGAGUCACAGAAAACCCGUGCACAAGCACACCAACGCACUCAGCGCUUUCGAGAGGGUUUUCGUCUCACGGUCUUUGCUUUUUCUCUCUACAAAGUUGAAUGUCCUUUGGGCAGACAGGCUCAUGUUUUCUUAAUGUGACUGUCCCUGCGAGGGUUCCUCUGUGACCCUCAUCUGCCCCAGAUACUGUUAAGAUGCCAUGAUGAAGCUUAUCCUCCCCCCCCCUCCCCGCCAGCUUUUCAUCUUCGGAAACAUCUUGCCAAAGUUGCGGCUUGCGAAGAGGUCAGUGGAAUCAACUUGCCAGAAAGCAGAGCCACAUUUGAACACCCAGAUAAAUUCUUUUCUUUUCAAUUCAAUUUUGCCAUUGCGAAAGCUGCACGGAACGCACCCUUUAUUUGUUUUGGUGCUGGGUUCAUUUCUUUGUUGAGGACGAGUGGUGGGAUAGAUUGUGCACGGAUUUUUGCAUGCAGUCGGGACAGGGGAAGACAGUGCCCAGUGUUGACAGAAGAUAGUCAUGGCCAUUACCGAAAAGCCUAAAGGCUCGGGUCUGUGCCAAGGGCUUAACAAAGCUUGAGGGUUCGUUCCAGACAUACCAAGCCUUGUGUGUGCGUGUGUGUGUGUGUGUGUGUGUGUGUGUGUGUGUGUGUGUGUGUGUGUGUGUGUGUGUGUGUGUGUGUGUGUGAGUGUGCAUGUGUGUCCGUAUCUGGAGACUGAUGGUCUGCCGGCAGACUGGGACUUGAAGCGAGGUCUAGCAGGUGAUGACAACACCAGGCCUGGUAGGAGAGUUUUUUGAGGGGCGGGUGCAGGAUUUAAGUGCUAAGACUAAACAAAAAAACGGUGCAUUUGACGACGCUCGUCAAGCAAAAAGAUAACUUGAACUUCGACUGGAGGGCUAUCUGUGACCGUCGGUUGUCCUGUCCAACCCUACUAUCACCGAUAAUCCUGUUCCAUUUUAGAAAAACUGUAGAAGUGCCUAAAAAAUGCUCAUCAACAACACAUGCAUCCAGAGUGUAUCACUAAAAGUCACAGACACAACACACUGGCGGUCAGAACAUGGACUUUUCGGGAAAGACAUCACAUUUUGUGAAUCGUUACUGGAAGACGUUUUCUAGUAACCGUUCGUUAACAUCACAAGUGACUUUAUCGAAACAAAAGAAGUUAAAGAAACGACAAAUCAAAAAUAGCUUUGUAGAAUGUUUGGUGACUUUCAUGGUGUACCAUUGUUUCUUACCAUGGUUUGAGUAGUUUACAUGAGGAACGUGAGUGAGAAAAAAAUGUAUUGUAAACUGUGUAAUGUAUGUAAAGUGUCUCUUAUUUUGAGAGUUUAUAUUCAUGGUUCUAGAAAUGUAUUCAAAGUUAUUUAAAAUUUGUGUUGUGUCUACUAUCAAGGUAUGUUUGAAUUCCCCCAAAACCCUCCACCACCGCCACCUCCCAGAACAGUUAUUUGUUUUUUUAGCCAAGAUCAUAAAAGGUUAUUUCAUUAUUUUAGACCAACCCUCUUCGGUUUUUGCAUUUUACCAACAGCACGUUUUAACUCAUGAUACUAAAUCUGAUUUUCCAUUUUUCAAAAUUCCAAUGUAAUUUCAUGGUGCUUGAUUAACAUUGACAAUCCACAAUCAUACCUUUGGAACAAGAGUGCUUCGCUCUGGUUUCACAUUUUGGUUUCAUUCACUUUGAUUGUCUUCACACACAUUGUGAUUUGUAUGUAAUAUUUGUGGAAGGUGGUAAAAGUUCUAUUUUGUUGUAAUUUAUCUUAUGUUACUCCUGGUCAAAUUUUAGUCAAAAACGAUGUUGUAAACUAUUCUAUUUUGAAAUGAAUGUAAUUUAUUGAGCUGUGCUACAUUCUGCACGGUUGGUCAUUUCAAGGUCUAACCUGUCAGGUCAGCGAAUGAGAAGUCGCACAGGUCUGAGGGGUGGGGUUUAAAAGUCAACCCACCAAUAGAAAGCUACUGGAUCUUUCUUGCCUUCUCAUCGAUUAAAAAGAUCACGGUGUUGCAGUAAUGAGCAUAGUUAUAGAGUUGCUUGUGUUGUUGGAAAAAAAUGUUUAUUGUAUAGAUGACAUUUUACCAAAAAAAAGAGAAGAAAAUUUCAAAAAAGAUGUACUUUUCACUCUAGUAUAAUAGUAUUUCAUAACAAUAUUAAGUUGUUGCUGUGGCAACCAAAUGUUGCAAUUACUAAAGUUCGGUAUUUUUGUAAAUGACAUUGUUAAGUUGAUUUUUUGUUUCUUUUUGCUAGAACACUGUACACAAGGUAGAUUGUAAAGAAGAUACGAACAUUUCUUAUUCUUCACUGAGAUUAUGACAAUGACCUAAUAUUUUCAUUAGCAAAUAACAGCCUCUAUAGCGCUGUGACCGUAACACUUAAAUAGAUCUGAAGUCAUCAAUGUUACAUAGAUUAUAUAAAAAUAUAUAUAAGAACGAAAUAAUCUAUAAAUUAAUAAAUUCAGAUGUACAGCUCUUCCCCUGACAAAGGACCUUUAGGUUCCACACUGAGACAUUUUAUUCGGGGCGUAUGUAUCACUAGAGUUAAAGAUUGCACUUUUCAUAUUGUUUAAAGAUGUGAUCUGUUUUUCAUUUCCUGCUAGUACAGUAAAACUGUUUAUCAAUCAAAAGCAGAUGCUACCGGUAAAUAACUUCAAUUCAUCAUGUUGCAUGGGAAAACAAUAUUUUCUUUUCUUAGUAAAUGAUAACGUACUGAAUGUUUCUAGUGGAAAAAACAUGUCUGUACUCAAAAUGUCCUCAUUUGGUGACCCACGAUGCCCUGGUGUAUGGAAUCCUCUUGAGAUGUAAUGUUUUUUUUUUUUUUUGAAAUGUGUUGGCGAUGAUUGACUGAUGGUAAAAAGAAAAAUGUAAGCACUUUCUGAGCAGUUGGUCAACUGAGCAGACUCAGCUUAUCCAAACACUUUGCCUUAUCUUGAGUCCAUCGUACUUAAGGUUUUAUGUUUUUAAGAGCUCUUAUGAAAUUUAUUAAAGAGACUUGAUCGGGUCUCUCUUCUCAAAUCCCUCCUCAGUUUCAUUACAAAAAUAUAUAACUUUAUAUCUAAAAUCAUUUUUUUAAGGUUGUAAUGUGCGCAUCACAAGGCCAAAAGGGGUGACUGCAACAGAGUGAGCAGUCACUGAUCUUUACUUCUGGUCUCCCAAAUCUGUAGUGAGAUCUUUUCGUCCCAUUGCCUUACAAUGGAACUGUUUGGAGCUUGCAAUACACAGUUGUAGCCAGCAGGGGGCACUACACCGGAGACUGCAGGUUAUGAAUUGCGACUGCCCGUGCCAUCGUGGUUGCAGUGUACCCCGCCAACAAAGUAAAAACAUAAAGAUAAAUUGACAAGAAGACCCUCAUCGGAUUUAUAGUUUCCAUGUAAUCAUUUUUAAAUGUAUUCUUUUUGCAUAUAUUUUGUGCUAUUUUAUGUUUCUAUAGUCAAAUGUUUCUUUGGUUCCAGCAAGAUAGUGUAAAACCUAUUGAA